AUGUAUUUAGAAGGUUACCACACCAGAUCUUGCGAAAAGCCUUCCAUAGGUCCAGUCCAGCAGAUGAUUGAUUAUACUAUGCUUACGAAAGCCGAAUUGAUGACAGCUGAUGAUGUCACCGGACUCAAGAUAACUAUCGAUUUGCUAACUACCGACUUAAAGACUUUAUCAAUCGCUGGUAUCGGCGAUGUCACUGGAGACCUAUUAGACAUCACGUAUCAAGAAGAAGUCAGAAGAAGACCUUAUGAAGGACCUAAACCUAUUGUAUGUGAGCCACCAUAUUCUUUCAAAAGGGAACUUGGAGCUAUUCCCUUCCAUAUACCUCAUAAAAAAUUGUUGGAGAAAAUCGAAUACAAAAGAGUAAUGCCGGAACCCUUGACGGGAUUUCAACAAUUUCAAGAGCUUACUAUGCAAAGUAGGAAGCGAACACUUUUAGAAGAUACUUUAGUGGUUCCAAAAUCAGUCAAGAAAGCUCAAAGACCCGGUAUUACGUUUAAAGAAUAUAGAUCUAGAAGACACACAACUAAAUUGGAGUACGUUAUGGAUCAAACGGAGUGGAUCGAAAAGUUUAGACAAACUACAGAUGGUUCGUUCGUGUAUAUGACUUACGCUGUUCCAAACUCACACGAGCUUUUCUAUCCUUAUGCAUUAAGUAUCGUACCCUACAAGCAAGUAGACAAAUCAAAUUUUUUCACGAUGAGCGCCAAAGGCGUCAUGCAACACGUCGGAAGCGAAAUAAUUUUCACGACUCUCGAUAAAUGGGAAAAAGAAUAUAACAUGUAUUGUCGUUUAAUGGAGAUCAGACUCUUUCACUAUUUUAGAAAGUGGAAAGGAUUUUACGUUUGGAGAAUAAACGUAAAACGUAAAAAGAUUUAUAACGCCAAGAGAAAUUUAGAGGAAAAUAUGCUUAGUCUGAAUCCGAUUUUGAGACAAGGUCUGUUAGAUAUUCAGGAUAUGUGUUUCAAGAUGAUACAUGUUACGUUUACAGACGUUUCGGAUAUCGAAAAUACGUGGCUGUUUUAUUUUAUUGAAGACCAGAUGGAUAAAUUCCAUCAAAUUAUGAAGAAAAUAGAGGAAUACCACGAGGUAGCUAGAGAAGUUGUGGGCAAUGCUUGUCAUGCUGCUCUUCUGGCUAAAGGAUUUGUGGUUGAUGAAAGAAUCAUCGACGAAUCGAUAAAAGAUAAGCGAAAAAGGAUACAUAAAGCUUCUUACAUCGAACAAGCGGCUAAAAAGAAAUUUUGCGAACGUCUUGCAAGUUUCAUAAUAUUGGUUGAUUAUAUAACAAUAAACAUGCUGCACCAAUUGAUUACGAACUCCACACACGAUCUACUGUGCGCUCUAGAAAAACACACUCAAUUUCUGCCUACACAACAACAAUUGGAUAAAUUCGAACCACUGAAUAUUGAUUUACCAAGAACAGAGGAUGCACCUAAAUUGCCUUUUUUCGUGGUAUAUGCUAAAAUCGUUCCAGAAGAAAUACUAUUGGAUCCAUCUUUAAACAUCACUUUAGAUAUGUUUAAUCAGAUAAUGAGUUUGUGGCAAGAAAAAACUAUAAUCAUCAAAUCGUUUGUGGGGGACCCGUACUAUUCUGUUUUUACAACUCCUAUAAUUAAUGAAAAAGUUGAAGAUAGAAUCUGCGGUUGGGGCCCCACGUUGGAAUUUUAUUUGAAAAAAGAUGAAUACCUAACCAAAAACCAGGAAGAGCUUCGCAAUUAUUUCAAGAGGAAUUACGAAGCAGCUUUCCAAUAUUUACGUAGAUACGAUCCAAUAAGACAAUUUUAUGCCGAAGAUAUUUUAGUAGAGAAAGAAGAUAUAGAAAACGAAAGAGAUUUGGAAACGUUUAGAAAUUUGUGCACGAGAUAUUAUAGAGAAAUAGCGACUAUCGAAAGUAUAAAACCGUCUCAGGAGAUGGGUGUUCUCUUUAUUCAAUUGGAAGGCUUCAACGAAACCUGUCUUCCCGUAUCUACGCAACUGUUGGGUUAUUUGGAACGAACAAUACCAUGGAUCGGCAAAACAAAAGUUGACGAAAUGAUUGAAGAAGCGAACGAAAUUGAAGCUUUUCUAGCUAAAGAGCCGGUUUUGACGGCAGAUUAUGUGAAAUACUUGGACUACAUAGAGGAAUCAAAUCAACGAAUUGAUAAAAUGGAAGAAACGUUAGAUUAUUGCAAAGAAUUGUAUGAUAUUAUCGAGGAGUUCCAUAUUGAUGUGGCCUUCGAGGAAAUCAAUGCUUAUUACAAUUUGAGCGUUGCUCUUGGUACUUUGAGGAACGUUGUCGAUAGAAAAAUGGAAGAUAGCGCUAGAUUGAUAAAAUUAUUUAGCGAUAAUUUGAAUAAAGAUAUCAGCGCGUUGAUUUCUCAAGUUGGAAAUAUUAAAGACGAAUGUAUGCAACCGUGGCUUUAUGACAUCAAUUCAAAAUUUGCAGAAGUCAUGGAUUUUUUGUCAGAAUUAUUCGACAAGUUGAUUGACGCCCAAAAACGCGCCAACGAAUUCAAAGAAUAUCAAAAACAAUUUAGGCUGGAAGUAACAAGAUUUGAUAUUCUCGACGAAGUGAUGAACGACGUGAAACUCCGAAUUCUGUUAUGGGAAAGCGUGGAUUCUUGGGCGAAGACCGUCGACGAAUGGUACCAUGCCGUUUUCGAUACACUCAACGUCGAUGAUAUGAAUGCGUUCAUCGCUAAAAAUAUGAAAUAUAUUGCGCAGUUAGAAAAAGGAUUGCCUCCUAAUUUAAUUGUACCUAAAUUCAGGGACGAAGUCGAGCUCAUGAAAGACAAGCUCCCCGUAGUUUGUUAUUUAAGAAAUCCUGCAAUGAAAAAUCGACACUGGCUGAAAGUUGAAAAUCAACUUAACCACAAAUUUAAACCAGAUGAAGUGAUGACUCUAGCGCUAUUAGAAAAUCUGGGAGUUUUCAAUUACCCAACUGAAUUGAUGGAAAUAUCAGGGCAAGCUAGCAGUGAAGCUGGAUUAGAAGCUUUAUUGAAGAAGGUAGAAGAAGCAUGGAAAACACUCGAAUUUCCGGUUAUACAACACAAAGAUUCCAAGGACGUUUACAUAUUUGGUUCUCUUGAAGAAGUUCAAGCAGCUUUAGACGAAAGUAACAUCAACAUGGCUACUAUAGUCAGUUCCAAACAUGUUGGUCCAAUCAAACCGAGGGUAGAUGAAUGGAGCAAAAAUUUAGACUUAUUCUCAAGAACUCUGGACGAAUGGAUGAUGUGCCAACAAAGUUGGGUAUAUUUAGAAGUCAUAUUUUCUGCCCCAGAUAUUCAGAGGCAAUUACCGAACGAGGCUAAGCUCUUCACAAUCGUAGAUAAAUCUUGGAAGGAGAUUAUGAGGAGAACUGCGAAAAUGCCUUUGGCGAUGGAAUCGGGACUAUACCCGGGUACCUUGGAGGCAUUCCAACGUAAUAACGCUUUGUUAGAACAAAUAAUGAAAUGUUUGGAAUCGUAUUUGGAAACUAAGCGCGUAGCUUUCCCGAGGUUCUACUUUUUAUCCAACGACGAGCUUUUAGAUAUUCUGGCACAAACGAGAAAUCCUCACGCCGUACAACCGCAUUUGAGAAAAUGCUUCGACGCAAUAGCCAAAUUGGAAUUCGGCGUGAAAAUACCAGACGAAAUCGAAGAAAAUGCCGACAAGAAGAAAGAUGAACCCGUAGAAGUCGUUCUGACCACCGAUAUUAUUGCUAUGAUCAGUCCCGAAGGAGAAAGGGUAGUUUUAGGAAAAGGCUUGAAAGCGCGUGGUAACGUAGAAGAUUGGUUAGGAAAAGUUGAAGAAUCUAUGGUAUUGUCGUUGAAGAGGUUGAUGAAAGCGUCUUUGGUGCACUACCAUAACCAUCCUAGAACUGAAUGGGUGUUAGCUCACGCUAAUCAAAUCAUUUUGACUGUAUCUCAAAUCAUGUGGGCUAAAGGAGUACACGAUAUUUUUGACGCACCCGCUUCGGUUAAUAAAAUUAAGAAAAUGGAACAGUACGAGACCAAAUGUAUACACGAUUUGAAUAAUUUAGCCGUCCUAGUUAGACAGGAUUUACCUUCAGUUACAAGAAAAAUUCUUGUCGCAUUGAUCACCAUUGACGUACACGCCAGGGAUACCAUAAGUAAUAUAGUAUCAAGUAAAAUUACUAACAGUAUGAGUUUCGAAUGGCUGAAAGUUUUGAGAUAUUAUUGGGAUGAAGUUAUAGACGAUUGCGUAGCUAGAAUGUCCAGCGCCUACUACAUUUACGGUUACGAAUAUUUAGGGGCGGCUGGUGUAUUAGUUAUCACACCCUUGACCGAUAAAUGUUAUCUUUGUUUGAUGGGAGCGUUGCAGCUAGAUUUAGGAGGGGCUCCUGCAGGUCCGGCGGGAACUGGUAAAACUGAAACAACUAAAGAUUUAGCGAAAGCUCUGGCGAUACAAUGCGUCGUUUUUAAUUGCUCGGAAGGCUUAGAUUACAAAAUGAUGGGUAGGUUCUUUUCGGGAUUGGCGCAAUCGGGAGCUUGGUGUUGUUUCGACGAAUUCAACAGAAUCGAUAUAGAAGUUUUAUCAGUAAUAGCUCAACAAUUGAUAACUAUAAGAAACGCUAAAGCUGCCAAAGCGCAAAGAUUCAUUUUCGAAGGAAGAGAAAUUAAAUUAGUACAAAAAUGUGCUGCUUUUAUCACUAUGAAUCCAGGAUAUGCUGGUAGAACUGAAUUACCUGACAAUUUGAAAGCGCUAUUUAGGCCAAUAUCCAUGAUGGUACCAGAUUAUGCUCUAAUAGCGGAAGUCAUUCUCUAUUCGGAAGGUUUCGAAUCUUCGAAAAAUCUUUCGCAAAAAAUGGUACAGAUGUAUAAGUUAUGUAGCGAACAGCUUUCUCAACAAGAUCACUACGAUUUCGGUAUGAGAGCCGUUAAAAGCGUUCUAGUAAUGGCUGGUUCUUUAAAACGAUCCGCGCCCGAUAGAGAAGAAAAUGUCGUUCUAAUAUGUGCCCUAAGAGACAGCAAUUUGCCGAAAUUUUUAUCAGACGACGCCAUUUUGUUCACUGGUAUAUUGGGUGAUCUGUUUCCUGGUGUAGAUUUGCCUGUUCCGGAUUAUGGUGUUUUCCAAAAUACCAUAAUAGAAGUAAUGGUGGAACAUAAUCUUCAACCUGAACAUUGUAUGAUACACAAAGUUAUACAACUUUAUGAAACGAUGAUCGUACGUUGGGGUGUCAUGUUGGUUGGACCUACUGGUGGAGGAAAAACUGAAAUUCUCAAUACUCUAAAUAGGACUUUGACAAAGAUGCACGAAUACGGCAUACCAGGACAACAGUUUCGUCCUGUGCGAACCUACAAAAUGAAUCCAAAAGCUGUGACUGCUGGUGAACUCUACGGCGAAGUGAAUCAAUUUACUUUGGAAUGGAAAGACGGUUUGAUGGGUAUUAUGAUGAGAACAGCAGUCGGCUUUACAACCGAAGAACAUCAAUGGAUUAUCUGUGACGGACCUGUAGAUGCUGUGUGGAUAGAAAAUUUGAAUACCGUGUUGGACGACAACAAGAUGUUGUGCCUCGCUAAUUCUGAAAGGAUCAAAUUAACACAGUGGGUUCAUAUGGUUUUUGAAGUACAAGAUCUAGCGCAGGCGUCUCCGGCUACAGUCAGCAGGUGUGGUAUGGUGUACGUGGAUUCCGAAGAAAUAAAAUGGUUCCCUUACGUUAAAUCUUGGAUAAAUAGGAUCAGCGAAAACCUACUAACGCAAGAAAUGAAAGAAUAUAUUCUACAAUUGUUUGAUUACGCCGUGGAAAAAGGUUUCCGGUUCGUAAAAAAACAUUGCCAUUACUCCAUACAUCAGGUCGACGUCAGCAAAGCGAAAAUGAUUUGUUCUCUUAUUGAAAGUUGUAUAAAAAUGCCUGGGGCGAUGGAUAAAAUCGGCGAAAAAAGUAAAGUUCGAUGUUUCUUGUGUCAAACUUUCAUAUUCGCGUACCUUUGGGGCAUCGGCGGCAAUUUGAUGGACGAAAGUCGUGAAAAAUUCGAAAUUAGAAUUAGAGAACAAUUUGAUGAGCACCCCGACUCCAAAUUACAAGCGGGACAUGACCUCUGGGAUGUAUAUAUGGAUGUAGUUGCCCACAAACUUGAAUUGUGGUCUAGAAUAAUACCAUCUUUCCAAUACAAUCCAGAAAUAUCGUAUUUCGAGACGUUGGUACCAACUAUGGACACCGUUAGAUUCGGAUAUAUAAUGGAAAGAUUAAUAAAUGUGGAUAAUCCCGUAUUUAUAACGGGAGACACAGGAGUUGGAAAAUCCGUUGUGGCAAAGGAUUGCUUGCAAAGAUUAUUUUUAACAAAAAAAUUCGUACCGGCGACUAUGAAUUUUUCUGCGCAGACGAGUAGCUUCAGAACACAAGAAAUAAUCGAAUUGAAAUUGGAAAAGAAGAAGAAAACGUUACUCGGAGCACCCGUAGGCAAAAAAGUUGUCAUUUUCGUCGAUGAUGUUAAUAUGCCGAAGCUCGAAACGUACGGCGCGCAACCGCCUGUGGAAUUAUUAAGGCAAUUUUUGGACUUUGGAGGACUAUACGACAGAGAAAAGCUAUUCUGGAAAGAAAUUAGAGACGUUAUCAUAACAGUAGCUUGCGCCCCACCAGGAGGCGGUAGAAAUCCGUUAACUCCCCGUUUCGUUAGACAUUUUGGUAUGCUAUUGAUACCACCUCCUAGUGAAGGUGCUUUGAAACUUAUUUUCAAGUCGAUACUGAAAGGUUUUUUCACGCCUUUCACCAACGAAGUUCGAGCUUUGGCGGAAUACAUGGUGAACGCAGCCGUAGACAUUUACCAAAGAAUAGAAAGCGAUCUUCUACCGACUCCGGCUAAAUCCCAUUACGUAUUCAAUCUAAGGGAUUUGUCGAAAUGUAUACAAGGAGUUACACAGGCCGAUCCGGGCAGUAUGAGAACUGAAGUAGCCACUUUAAGAUUAUUUUACCACGAAUGUCUGAGAGUAUUUCACGACAGAUUGAUAAACAUCGAAGAUAAAUCCUAUUUUUAUUUGUUGAUGAGAGAUAUAUGCAACAGGAAUUUCGGAAGUCCUGUUUUGGAUUUACCUGAAGGUAACGUCAUCGAAAAUCCUCCUGUUCUACUUUUCGGCGAUUUCAUGCAAAUGGGAGCCGAGAAGGCUAAUAGAGUAUACGAGGAAUUGAGGAAUAUCGAUAAAGUUAAAAAUGUUUUACAGGAUUAUUUGGAUGAUUUCAAUCUAUCCACUGCCAAAGAGAUGAAACUCAUUUUCUUCAUGAUGGCUAUAGAACACUGUUUACGAAUUGCUAGAGUUUUGAGAUCGGAGCGCGGCAACGCUCUAUUAGUCGGAGUCGGCGGUAUGGGUAAACAGAGUCUCACAAAACUAGCUUCCCAUUUGAAUGCCUACAAAUGUUUUCAAAUUGAGUUGACUAGAAAUUACGACCACGCCGCAUUUUUCGACGAUUUGCGCAAAAUGUGUUUCCACGCCGGAGUGGAAUUUCAAGACAGCGUUUUCUUAUUUACAGAUACGCAAAUCGUACAAGAAGAAUUUUUGGAAGACAUUAAUAACCUAUUAAAUUCAGGCGAAGUCCCGAAUUUAUACGAAGCAGACGAAUACGAAAAAGUUAUAAUUGGAGUACGACCUGCAGCAAAAGAAGCAGGUAUAGACGAAGCAAACCGUGACGGAAUUUACAAUUACUUUAUCAGCAGACUCAGAGAUAAAUUACAUUUGGUCAUUUGUAUGAGUCCUGUAGGAGACGCUUUCAGGCGCCGUUGCAGAAUGUUUCCGUCACUUGUCAAUUGUUGUACAAUCGAUUGGUUCGAGAAGUGGCCGCAAGAAGCUCUGUUGUCGGUAGCAGAAAACGAAAUGAGAAGUCUCGGUGAAGAUUUAUGUCUUCAUUUAGCCAACGUUUGCGUAUACAUGCACGAGAGCGUUGAAAAUAUGACCGUUAGAUUUUAUAACGAAAUGAAACGAUACUACUAUACGACGCCUAGCAGCUAUUUGGAACUAAUCAAAUUGUACAAAUCUAUGUUGGGGAUUAAAAAGGAUAAGAUCGGUAAAACUAGAGAUAAGAUCGCAAAUGGACUGAAAAAACUGUAUGAAACUAACGAGGUCAUUGAUAGUAUGAAAGAAACUUUAACGGCAUUAGAGCCUGUUCUAGCACAAAAAUCGGUUGCCGUAGAAGAAUUGAUGGUGUAUCUAGGUAAAGAACAAACACAAGCUGAUAAAGUGAGAGUGGUCGUAAAAGCAGACGAAGAAGUAGCAAAAGUUAAAGCUGAAGAAACACAAGCUAUAGCUGACGAUGCCCAAAAAGAUUUAGAUACAGCACUUCCUGCUUUAGAAGCGGCAACGAAAGCUUUAGAAUCGCUUAAUAAAAAUGAUAUUAAUGAAGUUAAAGUCUUUCAAAAGCCGCCGAAGUUGGUACAAGUUGUAAUGGAAUCUGUUUGUAUUCUACUGGGAGCAAAACCAGAUUGGGCGUCGGCUAAACUUGUUCUCGGUGAUGCGAAUUUUUUGAAAAAAUUACAAGAAUACGAUAAAGAUCACGUGUCUGAUUUGACAAUGAAAAAAUUGAAAGCCUACGUAGAUAAUCCCGACUUUAUACCUGAAAAAGUUCAAAAAGUAUCUAAAGCAUGUAAAAGUCUUUGUUUGUGGGUGCGUGCUAUCGAUAUGUAUGCCAAGGUGUAUAGAAUUGUCGAACCUAAAAGAAAAAAACUCCAACAAGCUGAAAAGGAGUUGGGACAAGUUAUGGGCUUACUAAGAGACAAACAGAUGAAAUUAGCCGAAGUAGAAGGUCAAAUAGCAGAUUUAGAAGCGAAAUUUAAUGAAACUGUUGCCGAAAAACAAGCUCUCGAAGAUAAUAUGGAAUUGACAGCCACACGAUUGAAUAGAGCUGGUCGUCUUAAUGUUGCUCUCGGAGAUGAACAAGUCAGAUGGGAGGAAAGCGUAGAAAAAUUUGGUAUUGAACUUGAUAAUGCAGUAGGAGAUGUCGUUAUGGCUGCUGCAUGUGUGGCCUAUCUAGGUGCAUUCACCAGCAAUUAUAGAGUUGAAUUGGUUUUGUCGUGGGAAAAGAAAUGUCAAGCAGAAACAAUACCCGCGUCUGAAAUUUUUAGUUUAAUAACUGUAUUAGCCGAUCCAUAUGAUAUUCGUAUGUGGAAUUCUUGCGGAUUGCCAAGAGACAGCGUUUCAACUGAGAACGCAAUUCUCGUCACCCAAGCAGGACGCUGGCCGCUAAUGAUAGAUCCUCAAGAACAAGCUAACAGAUGGAUACGUCAAAUGGAAGCAGAUAAAAAUCUAAAAGUUAUCAAGUUGACCGAUUCUAAUUUUAUGAGAAUCUUAGAAAGCGCAGUUACCAUCGGCUUACCGGUACUGUUGGAGGAAGUUGGAGAAACUUUGGAUCCAACCUUAGGUCCCAUUUUGUUGAAACAGACUUUUAUACAGGGAGGCAGAACUUUGAUUCGUUUAGGAGAAAGCGAUGUAGAAUAUAGCGAUAAUUUCAGAUUUUAUAUUACCACAAAAUUAGCGAAUCCUCAUUACCUACCGGAAAUUUGUAUCCAAGUCACAAUUGUUAACUUCACAGUAACAUUGUCAGGCUUGGAAGAUCAGUUAUUGGCAGAUGUCGUUAGAUUGGAACGACCAGACUUGGAACACCAAAGAACCGAAUUGAUUAUCAGAAUAAAUUCCGAUAAAGCUCAAUUGAAAAGCAUAGAAGAUAAGAUCCUCUAUUUAUUAUAUCAUUCCGAGGGUAACAUUUUAGAUGACGAAGAACUAAUAGAAACUCUAAACGAGAGUAAGGAAACAUCUGCCAUUAUAGAAGCUCGAUUAAUUGAAACCGAAGCUACCGAAGAAAAAAUAUCUGUAGCUAGGGAAAAAUAUCGUAUAGUUGCGAUUAGAGGAUCGGUAUUGUAUUUUGUUGUUGCUGAUUUAGCUGACAUAGAUCCUAUGUACCAAUAUUCUUUGAAAUACUUUAACCAAGUAUUCAAUAAUGUGAUAGAAGUAAGUGAAAAAAAUGAAAUAUUGGAACAGAGAUUGGCGAUUCUAUUGAGAGAAAUAACGAAAGCAGUGUACACCAUCAUAUCUCGAGGUCUAUUCGAAAGACAUAAACUUGUUUAUAGUUUCAUGUUAUGCGUUGCUGUACUGCAACAAAAUGGAAUAGUAUCGGAUGCUCAGUGGAAUUUCUUGUUGAGAGGACCUGUAGGAACUAAAACUACGUUACCGAAAAAACCGGAUUAUCCGAUAAUAACUGAUACUAUAUGGACAGCGGCUAAUUAUUUGUCAUACACUUACAAACAUUUUGAAGGUUUACAAAAUGAACUUUUGAACAUCAUCAAGGUGCAAAUAGGAGAUUAUCAAUUAGACAUCCAAUUAAUAAGUAAUUCAAAACCGAGCCAAAUCAAUUGGAAUGAUCGUCUUGAUGAUUUCGACAAAUUGAUGCUCAUAAAAUCAUUAGCAGAAGAAAAACUUAUUUUCGCUAUAACGGAAUACGUGAAAACUAAACUGGGAAAAGUGUUUAUAGAAAGUCCUCAAGUUUCCUUACCAGUUUUAUAUCAAGAUACCAGUAACUCCGUACCCCUCAUUUUCAUUCUCAGCACCGGUUCUGAUCCGUUCGGCGCUUUCCAAAGAUUCGCCGCCGAAAUGGAAUACGGUAACAGAAUCAAAUCGAUUUCUUUGGGUCAAGGACAAGGUCCAGUUGCCGAAAAACUCAUCCAAGAUGCUGUCGAAACAGGAGAUUGGGUGUUUUUACAAAAUUGUCAUUUAGCGACAUCGUGGAUGUUAUCGAUGGAAAAAAUUGUCCUGACCAUAGCUAGAGAUUCCAAUAAGGUCCAUAAACAAUUUAGAUUGUAUAUGAGUUCGAUGCCGUCUAAAACGUUUCCGGUGUCGGUGUUACAGAAUUCGGUUAAAGUUACAAACGAACCGCCGAAAGGUCUAAGGGCCAAUAUCAAAAGAUCCUUUUCGGAAAUGGAUAAAGCAUUCUUUGAAGAUCAUCCAUUGGAACACAAAUGGAAGGCGAUGCUGUUCGGCUUGUGUACGUUCCAUGCAGUAGUUCAAGAAAGGAAGAAAUUCGGUCCUUUGGGAUGGAAUAUAAUUUAUGAAUUCAACGACAGCGACAGAGAUUUUGCAUUCAAUACUUUAAAGAUGUUUUGUGCUGAGGGAUUCAUACCCUGGGAUGCGUUGGAGUAUCUCACAGGUGAAAUUACCUACGGUGGAAGAGUAACCGAUUAUUGGGAUCUGCGAUGUCUGAAAACCAUUUUGAAAAUAUUUUUCUCUCCGCAAAUUCUGAGGAACGAUUACGUUUAUUCUUCUUCUGGCACUUAUUAUUGUCCUAUAUAUAAGAAUAUUGAAGAUUACCGUAUAUUUGUUGAUAAAUUACCAAUAAUAGAAGAGCCAGAGAUUUUUGGUAUGCACGAGAAUGCGAAUAUCGCUUAUCAGAUUAAAGAAACGAAUGCCGUUAUCCGCACCAUAGUAGAUUGCCAACCGCGAGCAAGCGGAAGUGCCGAAGGUAAAUCUAGUGACGAUAUCGUGUACGAAUUAGCAGAAGGAAUUUUAAAUUCAGUUAUACCGAAAAUACCAACAGAUGACGUCAAUGUACACAUGUAUAAGAGAGAUAAAAAAGGAAGAAUUUCUUCGCUAACGACAGUUCUAACCCAAGAAAUUGAUAGAUACGACAAAUUAUUAAGAUUGAUACAUAAUUCGAUGAAACAAUUACAAAAAGCCAUUAAAGGUUUGGUCGUUAUGUCGGACGCUUUAGAAGAAAUUUUUACUGCUUUCAUGAACAAUCAGGUACCCGGAAUGUGGAGCAAAAACGCCUACAAUUCCCUCAAGAGUUUAGGAAGUUGGAUUAGGGAUUUAAUCCUGAGACUGGACUUUAUUAGUAUUUGGGUACGCUAUGGACCGCCUACGUCUUAUUGGAUAUCUGGGUUUUAUUUUCCACAAGGUUUUCUCACCGGUACAUUACAAACAUUUGCUAGGAAAUAUAAUUUACCCAUCGAUGAAUUGAAAUAUGAUUUUCAUUUAUACAAUAACGUUCUAGAUCAAGAAGAUAUAUAUGGAGUUCAUGUUGCCCAAGAAAAAGAGGUAUAUACAGCAUAUAAAUUAUAUGAACAUCCGAUAGAUGGUGUUAUUAUUCAUGGUCUUUUUAUCGAUGCAGGCAGAUGGGAUUUUAAAAUUGAGGAAUUAGUUGAUGCUAAACCUGGUGAAAUAAAUCCUCCUUUACCAUUAAUGUGGUUGAAACCUACCAGAAAAAUGCCCCUUGACGAUCCCAGAUACGUAGCCCCUUUGUAUAAGACUUCAAUUCGUGCUGGAGUCCUUUCGACGACAGGACAUAGUACCAAUUUUGUCAUAGCUGUCUUAUUACCGACUAAACAAAAACAAGCGUAUUGGAUAUUGAAAGGCACGGCACUACUAACUCAAAUCACCGAUUGA